AUGUCUCGCUCAGUUUCAAUUCCUUUGCGGGACAGCGUUGAAGAUGCGGAAAAUCUGAAGCGGCUGCGUCGUUUUUGCAUAGAAAUAUGGAAUCUAACGCAGAAUUGGGUUUCGAUCUCUUCUCAGUCGUGUACAGUGCUUGAGCGUCUGAUCAAUAAUAAGCUACGGAUAAUGUACGCCAAACCUGAUCAAGAGCAGAAACUUGUUGGAGCUGCUGAAGGCACAGAGACCGUGGUCUUGGAUCACGAUACGAAGCAACGCCUGCUUUGUGAGAUCGUCAAGGACGCGGAAAGUCUUUGCGACUCAGUGAAAGAGCUGGAAAGGAUUGUUAACAAAUUUCGCACAGCGAAAACUCGCGUGGAAUCCUGGGUGAAGCUCUGCCCAACUCCUGGUCCGGUUACCGCCAAUAUUCUAAAUACGCUUACCGAUGCUUUACCAGACGUCAUAGAAAUGUAUGAUAAGGAAGUCAGCGCUAGGAAGGCUGGAUUAGCUGAUUUAGGCCAGUGGGAGCAUCGCGAUGUCUUCACAGCUGUUGCUCUAACAUAUAAAUUCGAACCGUUUGUAGAUAGCAGCAUUUUGUCUAGAUUAUAUGCGUUAGUAUGCACUGAAAUAUGA